AUGGAGACGAUUCGCCAACCUUCAAACGCGCAACUAGAAACUGACACCCCCUCCAAUCUCGCCAUCGUCGCCAAAUACUACUGGAUUUUCUCGGGUCCGGUAUUUGUGUUUCCAGCACUCGCGUGGAUCAUCUACAAAGUCUACCAAGGGAAACCUUACACCUUCGAUAGAAGAUUCCCCUGGUGUCAUCGAGCGCUGUCGAGUCCGAGCGCGAGACGGAACGCGGAGGAGCGAGAUGAGCGGCAGGACCCUUUGCAGACGCUGCGAGGCGAUGAGUCUAGGAUGGGAUCAGGAGAUGUGGAGGAGGAAGGAGAGGUCGGAAAGAGAGCAGGCGAUCCAAGUAUGCGCACACUACCACGGCGCUCAGUGCCAGCGUUGCGAGGACAGUUCAUGCGGAAGAUGCCGGGUGAGAUCGGUAUCGAUGGUCGAACUCCCACGAGGGGGCGGAUUGGAGGGAGCGGGACGGCCUAUACAGCCACGGCCGUGGGAGGGAGGUGUUCUACCGCUGGGGUUCAAGCUACCCACCAUUGCAGCGACCGCGCCGCUUCUGCCGACCCAGUGGCGAGAUGGGUCAGGGGUCCGAUUACUAUCGGCUUCAGGAACUCCCGACGGGUCAAUACCAGAAUCACAACACCUGGCAGGCCCAAGAGAGGUCCCGUUGGCAGUCUCAACGCCAGAGUCCGGAUCGCAACCGCCAAGCUCAGUACAGGUCCCGUCAGCAACCACUGCAGGACAAUCAGGAUCGUCAAAACCUGUACCCCAGCCGCAACCAAGACAGUCCUCACUCCCCGUCCCGAGCCAGAGGAUCCGGCAACUACCCAGCGCAAAACCAUCAUCCUGAAACUAAUGAGCUUCCCGGGUACCCGGCUUGGUUUUGGAGCAGACGAGUUGCUUGGUUCGGGUCUGUUCCGUUUGAUGAAGAUGGCCAAGGAUAUGGGUAUCGCAGUCGCGGAAGAGAAGAGAGAUGUACUGCAUGUGGUGCUGAUGAGGGACGAGAGAUGA